AUGUCUCUCUCAGAGGAUGUCAGGGCCAUGAUACCGCCACUAAAUGUUAUAAAAGAUGAAAGAAAAAGACAAAAUCAAAUUUUUGAAAUUCAUCAUAUAUUAUCACAUAUCAUAUAUCUGAAUUUAGUGGCUCUCUUUUUUUGACAAUGAAAGGACCUUAAUGACGAGAAUCAGUUGAAAUUUUAGCUGUUGGCUGAGAAGUGACGGUUUUGUGUAAACGAUAGUUAAAUGGCAAAAACAUUUACUGAGGGGACCUUGUGAUGGACUCACAUCUCAUUCACGUGGAGUAAUGCUCCUUGUCACUUUAUGCUACAGAAAUUAGUGAUAGAAUACAAUUGACUGAGACAGACUUUGAUCUGUUUAUCUUGAACAAAACAAAACAGAAUAAGCAUUUUGAUAACAUUUAAUUGAUAAUAUCUUCGUUGUUUUGGCGAAAAAAGGAGAUGGGGCACGUCGGAACAUUGGUGAAAUUUGAGAACAACUCCUACAAAUUCUACAAUCCUACAAAGGCUGUGCAGGCCAAUGGGAACAAAAUAAACCUUCGAUUUGCUGCUGAUGGCCGGAGAACGAGCAACAAGAUUGGUACCGUUAUGGCAGUACUCAGCCUCUUGGAGGAGGAAAGUUAUGGCUGUGACCAUCUGUAUGCCAUUGCUUUGUAUAAUGGUAUGGUAUUGAAUCCAAAAAUACAAUUGUUUCUUUGUGUUUUUUGUUUUUGAUAUAGUGAUAGAUCAGGAUUUAAAAUCUAAAUGAACGUUUUAGUUAAAACUUAUCCCUCUUUAAAUCAAUAGGAUUUUAAAGUCAUGCUUGAUAUUUACAUGAUAGCAUCACUUUGCUCCAGUGAAAUUUUGGUUUAAGUUUCCUAAUGUUUGUAAAUAUUCACUUCUCUGAAUGUUCACUGAAAUCAUUACAUAAUUAGUAAUUUUAGGAAAAGAAGACUAUGAAGAAAUCAAAAUCUACCUGGGUGCAACAUUUGAACAGGUAAAUGAGCUCCAGAUGAAUGCUUUGAUGAGUAGCACAGUCACGCCGCCAUUUUGGACUCAAGUGCCUUUGCUAACGAAUAUCUUCGGGAAGGUUUAACCUCUAAAUCUCACACUUUCCACAAUAUAAGCUUAGUUAUCCUACUUCAUUUUGGUGUAAAGAAAACAAGGUUUGCGACAAAGUGAAAAUUGUAAAAAAUAAAUAUUUCCUGAAAAUGCGUGAAUUUCUGGGUGUAACGCGUAACAUGAAAUGUAUCAGACGGAAGGAAAAAAAUGAAAUAUCUCAAUGUGGAACGCACAUGGGGCCACUACUUUUUGGCCGUUAGUAGUUUAUGACAAAAGCAACAGGCAGUAUGAUUUGCAACAGGAAUGGUUUAUUCUAACGCAAGUUAUAAACGUCUGUUUUUAUCACUGAACAAUGUAACGCUCGCAACUAUUAAAACAACCAUAGUGUGCAAAACUAGCAAUAAUGAUAAUUUCGACUGUUUAAGCAACAAACUAAUAACAAAAAUGUAAUGGGCAUCCAUCAUAAUAUUUACAAACCAACGCUGAAGUUGAAUCGUCAAGUAGAAUGUUUUCCAAAUCAAAAUAAAACGCGCAGAAACACAUUUCGUAACGGCCAUAUUGAGCUUAAUUCCAUCACAUAUCCAACAGUAGAUCCGUUGUCAGACGCGAUUCUUGUUAAGUUGAGUAAACAAGCUCACCUCUCCUGGAAUGGGCUUGUAUUAAGCUAAAUUUACAGAACGUUUCAACCCAUUUCGUUAGAUCUAACGCUAGAAAUUUACGUUUGGUCGACGCAGAAACAAUUUCCGCCAUUGUUUCCGUGUUCAUGAACCGUAACGAAGGAAAGUGACGAGGGAAUAUGGCGAAAAAUACCACCAAAACUUUCACGAAAUCCGCUCCUUCGCAGCUUCUCUUUGAAAGCACAAGGUUUGAUUAUACAGACAAUAACAUGGGAGUCCAUACAGAGUUUGCAGGGGCAGAUUAUUGCAUAACAGUAAAAUGUUUUACGCGAUUUUCAACACUGAGGGAAUUCAACCGCAGCAGAUGGAAACAAAAGAGUCCAAUCUAAAUUCAGGUAUUUCGCGAAAGAAGGCGGCGCAAGAAAGAAAAGCAGCGGCAAAAAAGAGAAAGGGACAAGGCCUAUUAUCAACAAAACAAGGCAAAAAAGAUUGCUCAAGUUAAAGAACGGCGAAAGAAAUUGCAAGCCGAGAAAUCAAUUCGGCCGCACACACGAAGCAUUGCCGAAAAAAACAAACGCCAACACGCCGGAGCACAGAAAAGCUUCCCGUAUCGCAGCACAAGAAAAAAGAGAAAAGACAAGGCAGCAAACAAGAGAAAGAGUUAGAAAAUACCGUGAAAAGAAGCGAACAGAAGCACAAGAAUUUAAUAAUAGCGUGGAUUCUCCAGGUUUCGCAAACCGGACGUCGAAAAAACGUGCUAUAGAUAAAGUCAAGAAGACACUCCCUUCCACACCCCGAAAGAAGGCGGAAAUUGUCCAAAGCAUUGUUAAAAGCCGUUAGUAGUUUAUGACAAAAGCAACAGGCAGUAUGAUUUGCUCAUGUUACUGCAUCAGUUGCAUUGUGAGUGAUGAGGAGAAUUGCACUAACAAGGCAUGGCUUGAUGAAUGGAAGCUGGUGGAGCUAACCAGAGAGGGUGAUGUGGCAACCACUCGACAGGCAACUGAAGCACCAAUUUUAGACCAUGAUACUGCUUCCUACAUAGCUGAUCUGGCCAGCAAGGGAAGUACAGUUGCGAUAGCCGCUGAAGAUGAUCCUGUCUACGACUUCUAUCUCCUUCAGGUCACUUCUGAUGGAGUUGAAGAACUUGACAGUUAUGUCACAGAUGACUAUCAGUGUCAUUAUUACAGAGGAGACAGAGUUCUUAAGGGGCACUUUUACAUAAGGGAGAACAUUCAUGACAUGACCUUCACAAUUGACGAAAAACGGAAAGCGUUUGUACAUGCUGCUACUGUCCGUCACAUUUGCGGUGACCUACCAGUCAGAAAGAGAGGACGAAAGUCUAUUUACAAACUCCCUUUAAAAGAAAAUGAGGAAAUCAUUGCUUCAAUGUGAACUAAUGAUUACAAAACCUCUUUUUUUCCAUUUUUACAUUGAUUUUCUUAAGAUUUUAUGAAAAACCAAAAAUGUGCCACACCCACAAGGGAUUGUGGGUAAUACCAAAAUUAGUGUUAUUAAUGCAAAAUAAUAAAAAUAUUUACAGAUAUUGAUUACAAUGUACAUUUUGAUCAAAAUUAAAGUCAAAAAGUGAUAAAAAGUGAAAAAAUAAAAAAAUAGUUAUUUUUGAACUAUGUUACAGCAAAUGGCUAUGUGACUGUGCUACUCAUCUUUGACAAUCGAUGCAAUUCACUACUCAGGGACAUGGUAAGUUGAUUUUUUGACGUUCACUGAUAAGUUACACUCAAAAGUUUCUGAGGUUUUAAAGCCACAUUCAUCAUGCACAUAGGUAAAUAGUUUAGGCCCUUUGUUCAUCCAUCUUGCUACAUUCAAUUACUGAAUUAACUUUUUUUAAGUUCAUCAUGUUAUUUGAUUUAAUUGCUUUUUUUUUCCUUUCUUGGCAGGUACUGUUGUUCUGAUGUUGUUCUGGCAAUGGUUUACGGAAUUAACUCAGCUGCUGCAAAAUACUUCUGCGUUUGGUGUUACUGCAGCAAGGCACAAAUUGCUGACUUC